AUGCAAGUGCCGGUUCUCGGCUGCACUUUCCUCACGCUGUCAGAUCGUGAGGAAAGUACUGCCGAGAACCGGCAGUUGUCAGAGCGGGGAUCGGCACCGAUCAUCAGGGCCACUGAUGAUCAGUGCCCUGAUGAUCAGUGCCCAGCAGUGCCACCCACAAGUUCCGCCCACCUGUGCCCAGAACUCCGCCCACCUGUGCCCAGCAGUGCACCCACCUGUGCCCAGCAGUGCACCCACCUGUGCCACUCUGCAGUGCCACCUACCUGUGCCCAGAAGUGCCACCUACCUGUGCCCAGCAGUGCCACCCACCUGUGCCCACCCACCUGUGCCCACCAGUGC